AUGCCAAUUUCGAGGUCAAAUACGUUGCGUGGCAAAUCGCGCUCUCCUGCGCCCCCACCAUUGCCCCCCAAUUCGAUUCAGACUUCUCAAAGACCAUUUUUACCUCCGUCUCACUAUGCCGCCGCUGGUGGGUUUAAUGUUCGCAGCCCCAUUGUCCAAGUGGAACAAACAAUAUCAGAUCCCAAAAAGCGAAGGCUUAAACCGAACCUGAAGCACAACUACGCCCGGAAUCAGACCGAAAAUCAUCCAGGACCUUCAGAUUCUGACUCGCUCAUUUCCAUUGACAAUGCACUGCCUAUAUCCAUGAAACGACAGAGUUCGAGGUCGGAACUCACGGGAAUUGAAGCCCAGCUUCUACCCUCCUUGCGCGAUACCAUAGACCGUAUGACAGGAGCUCCAUCUCGUGCAUCUUCGCCUUAUAGAACUGGAGUAGGGAAUGUGGAUUCAGCAACAAGAGGAAAAACUAAUACAUCCCGAUCUUCCCCAGAGCUAAAGACUGCAUUAUCAGAGAGGAUGCGCAGUGAAGCUAAACCAUCGAAUGAUUCCAAUUCAUUUCCCUACCCAACUCCAGCAAUUGGAGAAGGCGCGGUCACUCCCAUUUCAUCUCAAUUUUAUUCGGAUCCAGUAAACCCUAUCAUGGGAAGUUUGCCGUUACGUUCCAAAACUCCAGCAAAAUCCGCUCUUAAAACAUCUUUGCGAUCCCCCGUCCCUAAUCCACCAAUGCCCAUGGCGUUAUCAGUUAAUUCUCCGCCCAUGUCAGGUUCAUCAUUGCGGAAUAUGAAGAGCCUUCUGACAAGGAAGUGUUCUGGAACACUAAGAUCGCCCUUUACGAACGCUAAACCUUCCAGUGAAGGGAUGCACCAUGAUAAUAGAAAGCCUGGCGGAGUGUCGACUCCCACACCUCCUGUGUUGCCCGGUCCCGAUUCAGCGACCAAGACGGACCAAUUAUAUUCUGAAAGCGAGUCGCCACAAUUUCGUCGAUUUUCUACGAAAAAAAUAUUCCAGUCCAAUAUUCCACGUCCUCGAACUAGGCACUAUCACAACGAAGCUCCAGAACACGGUAAUCUAGAUGAUUCUGACCUUGACCGGCGGUACGACAACGAACAACGCGACCGACGAAAAUUAACUGUUGCCAAUGCGGAGGUUCCGAUGUCUGUUUCAAGUGAAAGCGACAUCGAAUCGAGGAUCAAUCACGAUCUUAGGAACACAAUAGCAGGUGCAAGGAUCCCUCGCAAGCGUGAGAGUCUGUAUCCUAUCGGAUUGGGCCUUUCAAUGCGAAAACAGACCUCGGAGCCCCGCGAAUUUGGACAGUCUCAUUCUCGGGAAACUGAAAUACAAUUACAUGACUUCCACCCAGUUUCCAGGGAAAAAUCUCUGCGAUUUUCCUUGCCCCCAUCUGAAUCUGCUGGAUCUUCAUAUUCAGAUGAACUCAGCAACUACCGUCCGGAAUCGUACCGAUAUAGUGGUACUGAUACCCCUGACGGUGAACUCGCGACGAAUGCAACACAACCGAGACGGUUUGAAGAUUCCAGAUACAUUGACAAACCUAGCAAUGCUCAGACACGUCGUUCUUCGCCCUCGGCUGUAUAUGAGGCAAGCACCGAUGAGGAGACUGAAUCGGAUCGCGAAGGGUAUUCGGUUUGGUACAAAAAACCAAAUGAAAAGCAUCCGAGCCCAAACCGCAAACCCACUUUGCCUCCUACUCAUGGACAAGAGAGCGAAAGUUUUGUUCCUGUUGCAUCUCCGAGGCAACAAACAUCUCGUCGGAGGCGCGAGUCGCCGUCCCCUCGAAAUUCUGAAGGGUUUGCGCCUAAUCUCCGAGAACUAAUCAAAAGCCGACAUUCGUUCACAAGGCUUGCUUGCGAGACUGCGCCAAUUUCUUCUCAGGCUACUCCCCGUCAGCGGCAUGUUGAUCCAUUAGAACCAUCUAGCGCUCAGCAGCCCAGAGUUUCCUCGCCUUUGAAGGAUUCAGAUCACCAUCGCCAUCAAGAUUACUACAAAGAGGACAAAGAAAGCUUUGCGCGUACGCCAGCUUCCGCCAUCAUCGACGACUAUCGUUCUGCCGCGGCUCGAGAACGUAUGGCCUUUGGCAUCCCACCAUCCGAAUCGGAUGAGGCUAUAUCUGCACAAGAACAAGGGCAGCAGCUGUUCUCUGAAGAUAGCAAUAUGUCCUCCAUCAACGCGUCUCUAUGGCAAGAAGAAAGUGAAAAUAUGAGUGAGGAAGCUGAGAGCAUUUUUAGGGCAUUAAAUUACCCCAAAAGUGUCGCUGAACAGCAAAAUUCUAAGGACGCAUUCUACGAUAGUACUCCACGACUCAGUGUCAUUUCCCCGACUUUAAGUUCACCCUCGGCGUGCGACGAACGCGCACCCAACCGUUCACGUAGCGAAGAACCCCUUGAUGAAAACAACAAUCUUAUCAGGACACGGGAGGGUGUAAUCCAAGAAAUAUUCGAAACUGAAGAAGAACUCAUUCGUCAUCUUCAUACCUGCAUGUCCACGUUCGUCUUACCCCUGAGGGUUCACAACAGUAGAUCGUGGAUUUCUGGUGUUCCCGCGAAUAUUGCCAAACUCUUGGAUUGGUUCAACGAUAUCGUCAAUCUGCACGAACAAAUUUACGAGUCACUCUGCUCUGCUCGGGACACGAUGUCCCCAGCAACUGACCGUGUGUCUGAGUCGUUGCGAUGUUUUGUGUUGAAGUUCGAAGUGUAUCAACCGUAUCUUGUCAGGCUCGCUGAUGUAUCGGAAGACAUCAUGAAGUUGAUCGAUGACCCUCAGAGCGAUUUUGGGCAAUUUGUCGGCAUCCAACAACGGUUGCCUGAGUGUGAAGGUUGGACAUUCGAACGAUUCCUGAUGCUCCCCGUCAAUCGAUUGGCGGCCUAUCAGGUUAUGUUUGCACGACUCUUAGACCUCACUCCCAAAUCUCACCAGGACUACCUAUCGACUUUCUCUCUCUCUCGCUCUACAGAUAUGGUAAUUAGAGUUAUGACCGAGGUCAAAAUCAGGGAAGACGAGUAUAACCUGCUGAAAUUAUUCUCAUCACGAAUACAGGGAAUACCCUUUUCAAAAGGGCUAGCUACUCGAGAACGAAGGCUCCUGCAUUCUGGACCUUUAGAUUUAAUUCUGUCUGGGUUGCCUGAUGUUCUUGACCCACCUAGUAGAAUCGGACCUCAGCCUCACGCUUCCGAAUCUAAAAGGGCCGAUCGUUCUUCAAAGCUGCUUGACACCAUAAACACCUCAAGCUCUGUGUUUGAAAGGGCCGAUUCUGAAAAGUCUGCAUCGUCGUUUGAUGGUAUCGCAUCUGGGAAGGGUCCUGUUGCUACAUCUACCCCUGUAAAGUCCUCAUGGUUUUCACGUCUCCCUCUCCGAAGACGACCUCAGCCUAAGCCAUUGUUACUACCUGUGAGCGAACCUCAAGCCAAGGGAACUGGGAAAGCAACCCCGAUGUUAAAUUCCCUGAAAACUGUUUCUGUCCACGUGUUUGUCUUUAGCGAUCUGGUUCUAUUGGCUCAACCUAGUCAGACACAUGAUGAUAAACCUCGCUGGAUUUUGUCUACAGAUCUCGGUUUAUUUAGACCAUUGUCAAUCGCUCAUAUCCAGAGGUUCAAUCAAGAGGGCACUGUGCUAUCGCUGGAAGCGAUCACAUUGGAUGUGAAUAGCCUCAACGAUAACACAGAUUUUAAAACAACCUCAUUUCGGACUGUCGAUCUUCUUAUGCCCACCAGUACUCCCUCUGAGAAUGAUGCUAUUGAUCACUGCAUCAUCGACGAAGUUUCUGAGCCCUGGAUUCUAGCUUUUCGACAAUGUUCCAAGGCGACUCUGCGCAAACUGACUUUUCUUGGGCUUGGUACUCAGCAUGAACUCUGUUUCAAUUCUGAUAGGACCCUUGAUACUUUCCUAGCUGUCUCUACUCUCGUUGGUUCUGGGCAGCCUAUUCCCAGAAGUCCAUCGGGCCACUUUCCUGAUAAACUGCAUGAUCAGGGAGAGGAUCUUCUUGGGGACGAGCGACAAGAACGUGGCUGGUGGUCAUUACGAUACCAACAAGUAUUUCGAGAAUUCCAACGUCAGGACUCUGUGUUAUCUGAUGAUGAUCCCGAGGAAACAAUCUAG